CCUGUGACUGAAAAAUCAGAUUUCAGAGACCACUGAAGCAGGCUCUAACAUGAUCUGGGAACCCUACGUGGCUGGGUCAGAGCAUGUGCAGGUCCAUUGUGCACGACUGAGACUACUAAGCAGUUGUAGAGAAAACUCCAUAUCAAGGCAGACGCAGAACAUUUGGUUACUUCUGCUGUCGAAGUUGCAAGAGAACUUGGAACAGUGGGAACUCGUGGGCCAACAGGGGACAAAAGUGCAAGCGCUGCUGGAGGAUGAUCUACCCUCACAUUCAGAGGCCUCUCAAAAGACCUACUAAGAAGGAGAAAAAGCCUCACCUCAUGGACCUGUGUGGUAUGUGUGAGGAACUGGAGUAUUCCUGCCGACUGCUCACACAGCAGCCACGACGUCAGAGACAAUGAUACACAGCUGCUACUAUUUCAUGCAUUGUCAUUAAGAAACUAACUUUUAACAUCAUGUGUGCCACUUUGCAGUUGUUGUAUAAUUAUACCUUGUGUGAAAUUUUCUAUAUGCAUGCAUUGUAGGAUGCAGUGGAAAAAAAACCCGGCUGUGCCAC